CAUUUAGAGCCUCGUUUCAUUUUCCGUCCAUUUCAAUUUGCAAAAAAAAUAAAGUAAAGAGAAUAAUUAAAUUUUAAGCAAUAAAGAAGCCAUGGAGAGCAUUAAAAACUACAAAUAUAAGUAUGGAGAGCUUGCUAAAAUUGGAUUCAUUGGCUCUGGAAACAUGGCAUUUGCGAUUUGCAAAGGAAUUUUAGAAUCAAAGUUAUUUACAGCAAAUGAAAUAUUGAUUUCUGGAAGAAGUACCACCGAUUUCACUAGAUGGGAGUCAUUUGGAAUAAAGAAGACAUUAGAUAACAACGAAAUAGUGAAUUCUUGUCCAAUUGUAUUCCUGUGUGUUAAACCAAAUUGUUUAGAGGAUGUCGGGGAAAGUUUAUUGAAGAAUUACGAUGAAGAUGCUGAAACUUACUGCGAACGGAACUUCUGUAGCACUUUAGUGUCAAUUCUUGCUGGAACAUCAGUUAAUGCUGUCAAAAAAGCUGUUCCAAUAUUCAACAGCUAUGUUCGAGCAAUGCCAAAUACUCCAUUACAAGUUAUGGCUGGAUGUACAGCACUUACAAAACCUACUUUAGGAGUCGGAACUUAUAGAAACUCGAAAUUCAAUGUUGAUAUUGAUCUCCACUUUAAAGUCAUUGAGACUAUUUUUAGUUCCUUGGGAAUUGCAGAAGUUGUUGAUGAAAGCAAAUUUGAUGCUGUAACAGCUGUUUCUGGAAGUGGACCAGCUUACGUUUACAUCAUGAUAGAUGCAUUAAGUGACGCAGGAGUAAAACAAGGCUUGCCACGUGAUAUUGCGACAAAAUUCGCUGCACAAACACUUUUUGGAGCUUCAAAGACUGUCUUAGAAAGUGGAAUUCAUCCAGGCGCAUUAAAAGAUCAAGUAACAAGCAGUGGAGGUACAACAAUUUUUGCCAUUCAUGAGUUGGAAAAAGGAGGCAUUCGAAAUACUUUAAUUAAUGCUGUUGAAGCUGCAACAUUGCGAUCGAAAGAAAUGUCAAACAAAUAAUUUAAUUAAUCAUAAAAUAAAGAUUUAUUUGCUGUUCUAUAUUCACUCAU